GGCGGCUUCUUUUGGUUUCCUCGUCGUUGGUCAUGAUCAUAAUUGGAUUUAAUUCAAAUAGUCAACCAAUGUGUGUAACUGUGUGAGAGAGAUAGGCACAGGAGCACUACGACUGUGUGUGUGAGAGAGAGAGAGAGAGAGUGAUUUUUCUCACUUACAAAAACCCCCCCUCGUCAUUUCUCAUCACAUUACAGAAAAAGAUAACUUUUUCUUUUGUUUCUCUCUCCAGAAAUUUGUUUGUUCUUUCUCUCUCUACAAAACUCCCAAAAACUAAUUUCAAGCCACCAGCUUUAAUUUACCAGAGAUACAUACACAAAUGGGUUUCGAAGAUUUACGCCACACGUGUCUGGUUCUAGGGUUGGGACUUCCGUCGUCGCCGCCGACGUAUUCAACCGGAGAAGACAAAUCAAGAAACCCUGCGGCGGCGGCACCCGGCCGCGGGAGUAUUAAUCUUGACCGCUCGUGCAAUAUCUCCGAUCAGCCCACACUCACUCUUAGCCUCGCCGGCGACACUACUUUUGACGACGACGAUAAUAAGCUGCACGGGCAUGACAGCGGCGGCGCCGCCUCGUCUUUCUCCAACGGUAGCGUGAAGAGGGAGAGGGAGAUUGAAGAAGACGACGAAAAUAAUAAUGGAUCGGUUAAUGGAAUUAGAAAGAAACUCAGGCUAACUAAAGCUCAGUCGGCACUUCUGGAAGAAAGCUUCUUGCUCCACAGCACUCUCAAUCCUAAACAAAAACAUGAACUGGCACAAGAUCUGAAGCUGAGGCCACGUCAGGUUGAAGUUUGGUUCCAGAACAGACGAGCAAGGACGAAGCUGAAGCAAACGGAGGUAGACUGCGAGUUUUUGAAGAAGUGCUGCGAAACGCUCACCGACGAGAACCGGCGGCUGCAGAAGGAGCUGCAUGAACUCAAGUCACUGAAAUCGCCGCCGCCGCCGCUGUACAUGCAGUUUCCGGCGGCCACCCUCACCGUGUGCCCAUCCUGUGAGAAGAUCGGCGGCGGCGGCGUAUCUGAUAAAACGGCUAAUAAGAACAUCGUUCCCUUUGCCGUAGCAACAAAGCCGCACUUCUAUAAUCCAUCUGCCGCUUGUUAAUUAAUUAAUUAAAUAAUUAAUUACCAUUUCUUUUUUUAGAUAAUAUAUUUUUAUAUUUAUAUAUAUUAUUGCAGUAAAUACAUAGGAAGAAACAUGGCACAACCCUGUUUUUUUAUUCGGUUAAGAGCCUGUGGUAAAAGAAGUGAAGCUAAUCUGUAGAAAUAAUUAGAUAAGUAUUUUACUUUUAUUAUUAAUUAUUUUGUUUUUGGUGUGUGUCAAAUGGAUGUAAAUCACUAAUUAUUUUAUAUAUACAUAUAUAGUUAAUGAAUUAUUAUUUUUUAUGAUGA